CCCCACCUUUGACGGUUGACCGUUGAGUUACAGAUUGUCAUGCGAGUUUUGACGUUUAAAUCCUAACCUUGUUCAACUGUAUUUUGAAAGUACUUAUAAUGAAAUCCUACAGCAAUAGCAUUAAUACUUAAAAGUAAAAAUUGUCAUUGGACAGUUCGCGGCUCAGACAUUUACUUUGGAAUGAAUUCAGUGUAACGAGGCAAAUAUUACCAUUUUUGCCACCUCGGCUUUCUGUUAUGAACAAGCUUGUAUCUGGCCUUUUUGAAUCUGUAGCUUAUGUAAUAAAGUACGGAUGCUUAGUGCACUGUACUUUCGAACAUGUUGCUGAUUUCGUAAUGGUAUGCUCUUCCAAAAUUCAUCACUUUAAGAUUAUUAUUACAUAUCUUUUAGUGUUCAGGUCCCUCUAUGGAACCCACAAUUCAUUCAGAUGAUAUCCUAUUAACAGAACACAUCUCACCAGUAAGGGGCAAAAUAAGCAGGGGAGACAUUAUUAUAGCAAAGUGCCCUACCAAUCCUAAACAGCAAAUUUGUAAAAGGGUUGUUGGAAUGCCUGGAGAUAGGGUAAGAACUGGCAUUGCUUCAUGGCAGAUAGUUCCUAUAGGCCAUGUAUGGUUAGAAGGUGAUAAUUCUAGAAAUUCUACAGAUAGUAGGGUGUAUGGGGCUGUACCUCAGGGACUCAUAAGAAGUAGGGCAGUCUGUAGAGUCUGGCCUCUUGAAAGUGUACAAUUUCUUACAAAUGAUAGGUGAACAUUUUUUUAUUUUGAAUAUGGGAUGUGCUGUGUAACAGUGUGUCAUGUCAAUAUAUUUUAUUUUAAAUAUA